AUGGGUGGUCGUGGCAGUCAACCGGGUCCGCGUGACGCACCGAAUGCCCACCUUAACAGUGCUCACUGGACCGCUACCGAUUCUGGCAAUCGGAACGGGAAAACAAGCCCAUGUGGAGAUCAAUCAGGCUCAAAUUUCCCUCCAGAUCGCCCAUACUCCGCCAACAUGCCAGAAUCUCCACGUCGACCUAACAGGGACGAUUGGGCGGCAUCUGAUGAUAGAGUUCCUGAGCUUGGAAAUGGCGGCCGAGAUCGUCCCGCAGAGAGUGAGACCUCAAGUCAGACGAUGCCAGCGCCGAACCGUGACCAGGAACCAUCCACGCCCGCCAACAAAGGCGGCAAAUUCAGCUUCACGUUGAAGCCCAAAGUAACGCCAACGACUGGUCCUAAACCCGUCCCUGACCUCGCACAGCGGAUGCAAGUACGAGGGCCACCGCCUCGUGCUCCGGCAGCCGAACCUCCCACACCUCGCAAUCGAUUGACCAAUGGACCCAUGCCCACAUACAAGCCCGAGCCACGCUUUGAUCGGAGAGACCGUGGCCGUGACCGUGGCCGUGACAAAGGACGUGAGCCUAGAGACCGCCGCGACUUUUGGGAUCAACGAGAGCCAAGAGAUACACAUGGUGAUUUUCGUGAUCGUUGGGAAGAUCGACGGGCUGAAAAUCGUCGAGACCGUCGUAAAAAUGACCGUCGGUCCGAUUUCCGUGAUGAUCGUCGAGCCAAAGCGAUGUCUGAGCCGCAGCGGGAAGCCGAGCUCAAGCCUAGAAGGAUACUAACUCGAUUCAAACCACGCCCAACCAUUUCCGAUGAAUUCGCCCAGGCUGAUUCUGUUUAUUACCGGAAACCUGGCAAUGAGUCCGUGAUUGGCGCUGGCACCUACGGCAAGGUCUUUAAGGGUAUUCAUGUCUACACUCAACGAAAAGUCGCGUUGAAAAAAAUUCGCAUGGAGGGUGAAAAGGAUGGUUUCCCCGUGACCGCCGUGCGCGAAAUUAAGCUUCUUCAACAUCUGCGCAAUGAUAAUGUGGUCAGUCUUCUCGAGGUCAUGGUCGAAAGAAAUGAAUGCUUCAUGGUCUUUGAGUACCUCUCUCAUGAUCUCACUGGUCUUAUCAACCACCCUACCUUCUGCCUCACCCUCCCACACAAGAAGAACCUCGCCAAACAGAUGUUCGAAGGCUUACGCUACCUCCACCACCGAGGAGUCCUUCAUCGAGAUAUAAAGGCUGCCAACAUUCUCAUCAGCAACACGGGUCUGUUGAAGUACGCAGAUUUUGGCCUUGCUCGAUUCUUCUCGAAAAGUCGGCAAGUUGAUUACACCAACCGUGUGAUCACGAUUUGGUAUCGUCCUCCAGAGCUCCUUCUCGGCGAAACCCGAUAUGGUCCCAGUGUGGACGUAUGGAGCGCGGCCUGUGUGUGUAUGGAAAUGUUCACCAAGAAGGCCGUCUUCCCCGGCGAGGGCAGUGAGCUCAGCCAACUCGAUAAAAUAUACCAAUGUUUGGGUACUCCGACUCGAGCUGAAUGGCCGGACCUCGUUGAAAUGCCAUGGUUCCAGCUCAUGCGGCCCACUGAGCGGAAGAAGCGGGUUUUUGAGGAUCUAUAUCGCGAGACGCUGACUCCGGCCGCGCUGGAAAUGGUCACGUCUGUGUUCCAAUACGAUCCCAGCAAGCGGCCAACCGCGGACGAAGUUCUCCAGCACCCAUUCUUCACCUGCGAGUCACCGUCCCCACAGCAAGCCAUUGAGUAA